AUUUUCGAAGGAUGGACCGCUUCAAGGAGCUCGACCAGCAGCGCGCCACGAUCGAGGCCGAGAUCGCGCUCAUCGUGGAGGAGCUGACGUCAGGACCCAACCCCGCCGGGCUCAAGGGCCCGCUCAUCGACGCCGAAGGCUUUCCCCGCGGAGACAUUGACGUCUACACCGUUCGCCACAAGCGCCACCGCUUCGCCUGCCUCCAGACCGACCUCAAGUUCGUGAUGAAGGACAUUGAAGACGUGAUGGCCGGCAUCUACUCUGCAAGCAAGCCCGCGGUCCCGACCCCAGCCCAAGCGCCCGUGCGGCCUCCCGCGCCCAUUCGGACUCCAGAGAAAGAAGCGCCUCUGCUUGUCAAGGUUGACGACCCUGUCGUGCUCGAGAUGGCGCCGUUCGCGCUUGUCGACUCGGUCCAGCCUGACUCGCCCGCAAGCGAAGCGGGCCUCGAGGCCUACGAUAGCAUCAUUGCGUUCGGGAGUGCCAACGCCACCAACCACCGCGACCUCGCUGCCGUGCGCGACAUUGUGCUCCGCAACAUGAACAUGCCGAUCGAGGUUGUUGUCGAGCGCAACGACAGCGACCGCUUCCGCCUCCAGCUCACGCCGCACCAAUGGCUCGGCAAUGGCGUCCUCGGCUGCCUCCUCGUCCCGUACAAGCACAGCGGGUAGCCUACACCGUACUAAGCCUUCGCUCAUACCAUGUUGAUAUUGCACUAACUUUGGCUCUCAUGACGCGAUGCACUCGCCUCGUAUCGAUCCCGCGUCUCGCUCUCUCGUAAAGCAUCUACACUCGAGAAAUCCGAACUGAUGACGCCAAAUGAGCUGUUUCAUGCAGAA